GAGAUGUAGAAUGGGCGAUCAACAAGGGUGUGAUCUACUUACUGCAAUGUCGCCCUGUGACCUCUCUACUCUCCUGGUCAGAAGAAGAACUCAUUCACGAGCUAGACUCAGCUUUCUUGCCAGGAGAUGCUACGACCACUGCCAACACAGGUGAAGUUCUGCCUGGAGCCACUAGUCCUUUAACACAGUCCACAGGGUUACGAUGUGCAGACUUUGUAAUGAUCCGAUACUUUGCCGGCGUGCAAGACCGUCUUUGGUACAACAACAAUAAAAUAGUAGUCUCCCAUCAUCACGCACUUCUCAGUAUGUAUACUACAUUAUUAAGAGAUGCUGGAGAGGAACUAUCUCUAACUCAGAGGGUGUUGGAAAUGGCUGUCUGUGGACAUCAGGUAUCAACAUCAGAGAUGCUGAAAAUAGCUGUGGAGAGGAGAACUCCCCUAACACUAUGGCAGAAAAUGCAAACUGUCAUCUUCAUUGUCAAGACACUUCUUUGUAGCAAAGCAGAUGCAAAGAAAGCUGAAAAGAUCGGUGAACAAUUUAGACUUGAUUUUGACAACUUUACCUCUGCUGAUGCUCUGUUUUCUUACUUGACUGCAAGCCACGCCAAUCUGACCAAGGUGUUUCUUUUACACACUAGAAUGUCGAUGGCCUCAACAGUUUGGCAAACUGUUCUUCUUUCAAUUCUCUCAGAGGGCAAAACAGAUUUGUCAGAAGAACAUCUGCAAGAUAUUGCUCUGCUAUUGGUGGACAAACAGAAGGCUAUAUCUGCUCAGGUCCCAGUUGAUAUGAAGAAACUUUCCAAAGUUAUUAAACAGAGUGAGAAGUGGCGGGAACUAACAAAUCUCCCUCCUAAGAAAAUGGCUGUGUGGAUGCAGAUCAACUGUCCAGAGGCAUUUAGACUUUUGGAAGACAUUACAAGACGCUAUGCACAUCGUAAUGUUAAAGAGCUGGAUCUAAUGACUACAACGUGGGGAUUGGACAACACACCGCUACUGUCUAUGAUACAGACUUUACUGAGGAGUGAACACUCGAUUCUGGAGAAAGAAACAAUCCCUGAGGUAGACACUGAUGUCGUAGACAAACUGAGAUCCCCUAGGAAGUCGACAACCAGAUGGCUUAUUCGCUGGCUAGCAGGUUUGGCCAGUAGUGCUGCAGCGAGAAGGGAAAUGUCCAAAGACGCAAGCUUGCGAGUAGUCCAUCAGCUGAGGCUAGGCUACAUGCGGUUGGCAACACUGAUGGCCCAGGAAGGUCGUCUACCAACCCCUCAGCUCGUGUGGUAUUGUACUCACUACGAACUUGGCACACUGCUUGGUUCGUCUAAUCCUGCACUGCUGCAUAAAAUCAGCCGCAGACAACGCAGUUGGCAGCAAUGGGAUCAGUUGCAGUUCCCAGAGGUAAUGGUUGGUACACCUGAACCAAUACAGCUGGGAUCCCAUCCCACCAUUACCUCCAGGGAAUGGGUUCAAGGUACUCUGGUGUGCACAGGCAGUGUGCAGGGCCGUGUCUGUGUGCUUCUCUCCUGUAUAGAUACACAGUCACUCCAGGCUGGAGAUAUCCUCAUUACACACAGCACUGACGUAGGAUGGACUCCCCUGUUCCCUCUGCUAUCAGGCGUUGUCACAGAACUGGGCGGUCUUAUAUCUCAUGGAGCAGUCGUAGCAAGAGAAUACGGACUUCCUUGCAUUGUUGGUGCCACAAAUGCUACACUUGUGUUCAAAACAGGUGACAAAGUAUUCAUGGAUGGAAAGAGUGGAAGAAUUCACAAGGUGUUUGAGACUUCAUGAAAGGUAAAUCCUGCCUUGUGGUUCCUUCUUUUCUAUUGUACUUGUUCUAUUUUAAAUUGUAUUUUGUCUAUAUUUUUACCUAGUGUUUCAUUACGCACCUGCCAUUAGUAGAUUUUAAACCUGGCCAGCUUGUUUUAACUUAUUUAAUAAAUUAUCUUUGUUAUUUCGUCUGUGAAAUAUUUGUUUAUAUUUUAAUAUUAUGUAGCAAUUUAUUACGUAGCAAAUAGCGAACACCAUU